AUGAGAGAACGGUUCUUUUUUGCACUUGCAAGAAUUUCAGCAAUUCAAAUUAUGCGUUCAGCUGGAAUUAGCCGUGCAAAACAUAGUGUUACAGAUAGUUUUACAGAUAUUUUUAUCCGGUGUCUUCUUUUGCUUGGUACAACAGCAAAACAUUUUGCAGAAAUGUCAGGUAGACCAUUAGUUGAAAUGGAAGAUUUACGUGCAGCUAUGGAAACCACAGGAGUAUUGAGUGCAUCAUCAGGAGAAGAUGAUGUGGAGCCUAUUAAGGAGUUCAUAGAAUGGUGCAAAAGCUCUUCUACAGCAGAACUUCGGCAUAUUUCUGGUCAAGAAUCUACACCUGACCAUUCAAAUGUCGGAUGGCUAGAUAGUAGCCCCCCGAUUAUCUUAAUAGCACCAACUAAUGAUUUUGAAGAACUAAUGCAAAAACAUAUUAAAGAAAAAUUUAUAGGCACAGUCCUCGAUAACAAUUUUGAAACACCAAUUCCUCUAUUAGCAGAUCCACGGGUUGUUGAUCUCCCUGUGCUACAGGGUGGAACAGAAAUAGUAUUGAAAGAGGAAUGA